UUGAAGAAUGGUGGUUUUAUAUGAAAGGAUGAUGCUAUUGUGUAUACACAAAUUGAUAUAACACCAAUAAAUUUUUGGCGCGAAACCACUUGUUUUGUGACCAAGCUACUUAAAUUCAGGUUAUCACUCUUUUUAGAAGACAUGUAGCCAUAGCGCAUAAACAUUUAAUCUAUGUAUACAUGUACGAUCGGUUUAACGCGCUACACGUAGUGGGAGCUUUCUGAUUUUUCUUGAUUUUGUGUUAGCCUUUGUGUUUAAUAAAUGGCCGAAAACGUUACGGCCAAUGAACUUUCAUCGACAAUGAAAGAAAACAACCCUGAAAAUACCGAUUGCCAGGCUAAUAAGCCGACAAGCAGUUCAGAUGUGACGCCUCCAAAUGGGGGAGCAGGAGAGGCAUCAAAUGCAGCGUCGCCCUCAGAUUUGUCGACUAAAGCCCGUGAAGCAGAUGACAAGGGACAUGGUUCUGUUGUAGCAGCUCAUUACAAUACACUUGAAGACAAGGGGCUUGAGGCUCGCUGCAAGAGCCGUAUUUUCUACCUGCGUAACUUUAACAACUGGAUCAAGAGCAUGCUUAUAAAUGAGUAUCUAAGCAAAAUAUGGCAAAAAAACCAACGCGGUUCACCAUUGCGGGUGCUUGAUAUGUGCUGUGGGAAAGGUGGUGAUCUGCUUAAAUGGAGAAGAGGCAAUAUUACACAUUUAAUUUGUGCGGACAUAGCUUCGACAUCUGUUGAGCAAUGCGAAAACCGAUACAAGGAGCUACAGAACCGCAAUCGCUCGGAUCUAGGUUUUGGACCUGUAUUCACUGCUGAAUUUAUUUCAGCAGAUUGUACUAAGGUCCGUUUAAGAGAACGGUACAAAGAUCCAUCAAUUGAAUUGGACGUGGUAAACUGCCAGUUUGCAUUCCACUAUUGCUUUGAAAGUUUACCACAAGCAGAGUGCAUGAUACGCAAUGCUGCAGAGUGUUUAAGAAUAGGUGGCUUCUUCAUAGGUACUAUACCAGAUGCAUAUGAAGUCAUGUACCGUCUACAGAAAUCGGGAAAGACGUCUUUUGGUAAUGAAAUAUAUUUUGUAGAUUUUGAAGGACGUGUGCCCCCAUACCCAUUGUUUGGUACAAAAUACAAUUUUCACCUGGAAGGUGUAGUUGACUGUCCAGAAUUUUUGGUUCAUUUUCCAACAUUUGUCAAGCUUGCCGAAAAAUAUGGUCUGCAGUUAGUAGCCAAGGAAAGGUUUGGUGAAUUUUACAGCCGGCAUAAACCAGAAGGGAAAUCAUUACUUCAAAAGAUGCAAGCCCUUGAGACAUAUCCACCCUUCCAUGAUGCACCUUUGUUAGGUAAUGAUCCAGAUGAUUAUGAACAUGUCCAGCAAUAUAUGCAGAAAUCAACAGGACACAGGAAAGUUGGUACGCUUUCAAAGUCGGAAUGGGAAGCUGCUUCUCUCUACCUGGUCUUCGCCUUUGAAAAGGUGAAGAAAAUAUAAUAUAUCAAGUGCUUACAAUCAUUUUACGGAAAAAAGAAUGGACUAUGGACUCUGCUGUGUGUAAAAUCACUGGGAAUAGUGAUUAACUAAAUCACUAAAAUGUCAUAUAUGUUGUGUGUCACAAAUUGUGAAAGGAUCUCAGUAGAUUCAGUUUUUAAUUUCAGGACUAAUGAUUUUUAUACCUUUUGUAAUAUAUUUAUAUGUUUCCAGAACACACUAGGUUUUUUUUUUCUAGUGGCGCAAAAAAUCUCAAUAUAAAUAAUAUAUAUUAGUUGGCAAACUUUUGUGGUGAAAUGCACUAAGAAGCAAAUCGUGAAGUUUACAGGUAUCUUAUGAUUUUACAAGUUAGACUGUAGCAAUGAUUAGUAUGUUUUGAAACAGAUGUGAAUGAAUAUGUCAGUAUUAUUCAUUUUCACCAGAAUUUGUUUUAUUGUAAAAGUAAACUGAAUUGAGUCAAAUAAUAAUUCCAUUAAAUAUCCUACAAAAGUUAUUUUAAAGAUACAUUAUAUUUUUGAUGAUUCAUGUACUCCGUCUUAUAGUUAGAAUCUGAUUGUAAGUUAAUGUAAAGCAGCAAGAAAUUGUGGUAUGGGCUUUCCUGUACUGUUGCAUAAGAACAUGAUAAGUAGUUGUAAUUUGAUGGUGUAUUGCAGAUUUGCCUCCAUAUAAUCUUUCUUACUGCUAGCCAUUCUUCUACUGAAGUACUGGAUAUUACAUGCCGUAAAAAGAGAAAAAUGAUGUAUACAUAAUUGAAACUAAGGUUUUUAUUAAAAGGGAGCUUUUAUAUAACAUUAGGUAAACACUCGAAGGUAAAAUGGAUGUUCUAUAUGGCAGCUACUAUGCUACUGUUGAUGAGAGGUAAUUUCAGUCACAAUAUUUACUAUGCAACACGAUCACGGAUGCUGCAGCAUCUGCAUUUCUUCAUGUAAAAGUGAAAACACAGCAAAAAAUUGUACUCUGCUAAUGGACUGGAAUAAAAUGUCUUUGAGGAAAGGAA